AUGUUUACAGAAUGCUAUUGUCAAAAUAUAUUAUCAAUUAGAAGAUCUGAUCUCAUAAGACAGUUUUUGUUUGUAGAUGAUACACUGAAGUGUUCUUAUGCAACUAUGUAUUAUAUACAAACAGAUUCAUCAUAUCUUAUUAAAGUAUCCGAAAUAAACCCACCCACUCCAUUUAAUAGAACUAUAAAUCAAAUUAGUACUCUGUUUCUUUAUUUAUUUAGUUUUGAUAUAGAAACUAGUGGUAUAGUAGAAGGUUCAACAACUCUUUUGAUGGAGACUAAUAUAGAUAAAAAAAGUGUACUUUAUAGCUAUUCAUGUAAUUUUCCAACACUAAAAGAUAAAACAAAUAUUGCAGUGUCAAGUUUAACAUUCAGAGAUAACUGGAUAACAGGGUACUUUAAAGUUAAUGAUUUCGACAGAUCGACCUUAAUGCCUACUUUAAUUGUAGACUCCACAAGAUCCUCAGUGCCUUGUUUGGGUAACUUAAAUCUUUGUUUAGUAACCACUGUAAAUAACUAUUAUCAAAUUUAUAUUUCUCCAAUGCUUGGUACCAAUCCUCAAGAAAUAAAUAUAUAUUUCACUUCUCAAGAAUUAACUUCAAUUGAUUUUAAUGUUACCUUUAGUUUUUAUAAAUAUGAUAAGAUUAGUUUUUAUAAAACAAAUUCUUUUUAUUCAUAUCCAUCUCAGUCCAAUAUUGUUUUAAAUUCAGUAAACAACUUUAAGGCAUAUUCAUUCAUUAAUAUUACAUCAGAUAAGCCAAUAAAAUAUUUACUUGGUAGAUGGGAUUCUCAGGAUAAAUUCCAAACAAAUUCAAAAUUAAUAUCAAACAGUGCUGAUAAAUUAAACUCAAUAUGGUUAGUUACAACAUCCUCUACUAAAACUUUUUAUAGUUUUUAUAAUAAUUUAGAUCUUUUGAUCAAUGUAACAAAUCCUGGUACUUCAGUCGUUAGUUCAACCCCAUCAUAUAAUUAUUCUUCAUUUAAUUCAUAUAUGUUCACAUACACAUCAGUUUCCGAUAAUUUCAAAGAAGUUGUACCAAUAGGGGCCUACCAUUUAUUAUCAUUAGAAGCUACUUCAAUUUUGUGGCCAGGUAAUUCAUUUAGGAUUGGAAUAGGUUUGGAUAGCUUACCCGAAAUAAGUAGUUUUGAUGCAGUCUAUCCUUUUGGUGUUCAAAGUGCCUACUCUUUAUUAGGAGAUUCAUUUAAAUUUACAAUUCAACAAUCAGUAUAUGCAACUAAAGCUAUAGUUGCUACUCUUACCACACUUCAGGAAAAACAAAAAAAUUUAGCAAGUGAUACCGAAACUGAUUUGUCACUUUUUGGAGAUAUUGAAUUUAAAAAUUUAAACUAUGGUUAUUGGUCUAUUAAGCUCGUUUAUACACCAAAUGGCACACCAGAUUCUGGUUUCUUAAUGUUAUAUGGGCAAUCUCAAAUUUAUUUAAAAAAAUCUCAUUUGGUCUACUCAAAUUCUACUUCUUCAAUCUACAGUACAGUUUUUAAACUUCAAGCUAAUUCACUUUCCUCCCAAUCACCAGAAGAUGGAUUUAUAUUCACUAUAUACAAGGAAUCAGGUGUCAUGAAACAAUAUAGAUAUUUUGAUUAUAUAAGUGCACCAAAAUACCCAGGUUAUGAAGAAAAAUUUACAAUUGUUGAUUUUUAUUUUAAAACACCAGCAAUGAAUUUAACAUCCAAGGGUGGUUAUAAUAGUGCAUAUUUAAAAAUUAAAUUUGACAACGAAAAUAAUUUGUUUUUCUACCAACCAUUUUUUGCACUAACACCAAAAUUAAAUAGAAAUAUACAUUUCGGUAAUUUUGCUCCUUUCUAUUUAAACUCUGAGGGCAUAUAUCAAGUUGAUUUUUAUGUACCUGCAAACUUACCCACUGGAGAAUUGGACUACACAAUCACAAACUCUCUUAAAAACUCUGCAAAAUUAACAUCAGAUUAUAUGAAGUUUAUAUUUUCAGAUAGUAAAGAUAAAGUAAAUUUAAGAUCUUAUUCAUUGGAGUCCGAUUCAAUGCCUCCAAUUUUAAAGAGUAUUUCAGUUGUCUCCAGUCCAGUAUUAUUUGAUAUAAAAAGUCAAAUCUAUGCAGAAUGGCUUAUUGUUAUUGAAGAGGGCUUAAAUGGUUUUGACUGGGGUUUUGUAACAGUACAAUCUAAAAGAAAUACCUAUGCAAAAUAUUCUUAUAAUGUUACUUUUAAUCAAAUUGAUGAACAAGGAAAAUAUAGAAUUUCUGUUCCUGUAGAAUGUUAUAACCAGCCUUUAGAAAUUUCCAAUUUAACUUUAGUAGAUAAACAAGGUUUCAAAUCAGAAUACAGUAGAUACAGUUCAAAUGUAGGCAGUGGAUUUGAUUAUGAUGUUGUAGAUCCAUUUAUGAAAGUUUUAUCUGAUGAAAGGCUUCCAGAAGUUGAAGUUGUUUGUAAAGAGAUUCCAACCUCAACUCCUGCACCAUUAUUGAAUCUAGAUAUACUAGUAUCAAGUACGGAUGUUUUUGUAUAUGGGGGUCUUUCAUUUACAUUUACAUUUACACAUCCAGAUGGAACCAGUGAAAAUCAACUCCCAAUUUUGUAUUUAAGUGGUGGUUUGGGUGAAACUAUUGUUACCACUCCUGCAAAGAUUUUAGAAAGAGUAUCAGCUACUCAAACCAAAUAUAUAGCACCAGUAACAAUCCCAUUCGGCUUUGCUUAUCCAAAUCCAAUAGAUAUCUCUAUUUAUGGUCUCGUAUCAAAAAAAGGAGAGUGCUUGGGGUACCCAAGCAAAUAUCAAAUCAUAACCAAUUCUAAAGCAGAAAUCCCACCAACUGCUUUAAGUGUAUUACCUUUUUAUUCAAAAGGUGGUAAACUUUAUGUAUUUGGUAAAGGUUUUACAGCAGCAUCAACAAUUAAUUUUAUUACUGGAGCUCCAGGAGCUACAGAUUAUAUUACACAUGUUGAAGUUGAGGGUUCGGUUUUAUCAAUUAAUAUUGGUCCAACAGAAAUACCAUUUACAAUUAUAGUUUCCAAUACACCAAGUAAUAACCAAAUAAAAGUAACUCCAAUUAUUUAUAGAGAUGUAGGGGCAGCAAAUGAAAACCACGAGUUACCAACCAAUCCACCAAAGAAAUGUUUAGGCUCACCUGUUUGUGGAGGUAUUGAAAAUGGUUAUUGUAGUGAUAAGGGUUGUAUAUGCUAUUCACCAUGGAUCGGAGAUUCAUGUCAAUCUAAAGUAAUUACCAUCCCACCACCAGUAGUAAAUCCAAAUGAACCCUCAGCUAAUCUUACAACUGAUCCAAAUGACUUUUCUUUAAUCAGUUUAAUAUCGUUGGUAUCAUUAAAAGAAUUGGAUAUCUAUAACAAAGAAGUAAAAAUUUAUCGUUUCGAUAAAUGGAACCAAACUCAAAUAGAUAAAAACACUCAUUUCUACAGCACAGAUAUCAAGGCAAAUGAUGGCUCAUUGAUUUGUACUGUUGGUGUAUCAACUAUUUGGUUCGAAGAGUUGAGUAAUAUUACUUUUGCAAAUCAACAACUAACCAUGAAUCCAUCAAGUUUAAAAUAUAAUAUCAAUAUUACCUCGUAUCCAUUCGAAUCUACACUAAACAGACUUCAAUUGUUAAUAUCAGCAUCAACUCAAUCAAAUGAAGAAGAUAAUGUAUGCUCAGGUCAAGAUUUUGGUGAAACCGUUGCAGAUAAUUCAGACUAUAUAAAACUACAAAUCAAUAAGCAUUCAUUAUAUGGUAGAUUCAUAAAAAGAGGUAUUAUUGAUAACUCGAAUGUUUCAAUUUCGAAUGAUAUUUUAUCAGAUCGUUCAAAUGAAACCUAUUAUUCUUCUGGAACCUACAUUGCAGUCAAUAUACCCUAUUUCAACUUUUUAGCACAAUUAGAUCCUGAUUUUUCAGUUUUAUUGGAAGGUAACUCGGCAAAUUCAAUUUGUAAAAAUAAAAGUGGUUUAUCCAAAGGCGCCAUUAUCGGUAUUGUAGUAGGUUGUGUUGGAGGUGCUAUUAUCAUAACCAUUGCAAUUUUAUUAAUUAUUAAAUAUCAAUAUCAAAUUAAAAUUAUUAAAAAUAAAAUUAAAAUGGAAAAAAUGUAA